ACGAAUGAUACGCGGAUAAAACUGGCUGAUCAGCAAGAGGAAGAGCAGCAUAAUGAAUACACGCGAAAACAUAGAGACGUGGGUUUAAAAAGUUGGUUCAUGCGCGGGGCUCGAAAGAGAUAAGUGCACUCGGCGACGAGAGAGGUGAAGAGAAGAAGAGAAGGGGCUAGUACGCAUGCACAAGCGCAGACGAAUAUACCGCGAAAGUGAGAAAGAUCACUGGACCCUGGAGAGAGCCACAGCUGCUGCUGGUCGGUGGUCAAGCAUCUCGGGAGUUUUGUGUUGUGAGCAAAAACAUGUUUAGAUGAAGAUUUGGCAGUUCGUCCAGUCUCAGUACUUUGGUGUGCGUCGCGUGCUUUUCGCCUGUUUGUUAAAUCGAGUGAUCGCUUGCUUCGCAGGUGAGUGUGAAAUACGUCAGCGUAGAUCCGCAGCUCGAGCAGCAGACGACAAGCCUCGACUGAGAGAAAGGCAAUACGCGUGGAUUUUUUCGUUCGGUUGAAAAGAGAGGCCAGUGAAGAAGAAUUUGAGGUGAAGUCGCUACGCAUUUAUCCAAGAAGGGAAUAGAAAAUUUAAUUUCUUUCCAUCUCUUUCAUACAUAACGACGAAAAGUUCGAAACAACAGGCGUCAUGUCGAAAUCCAAAGACUCGAAGCUCAGGGACGGUGGCGCAACGAGAAUAGACAUUGACAAACCCAGAUGGGACCAAAGCACCUACGUCGGGAGAGCCAAACACUUCCUGUAUCUCACUAAUCCACUCAAUGUUUUUGCAUCGGAUAGCCAACUCGAACGGGCUCAUGAUAUUGUCUCAAAAUAUAGAAAAGGUGAAACGCUGGAUCGCCUCAAGAUUUCAGAAGAUGAAUUAUGGACGUGCAAAUAUUUGUACGACAGUGCUUACCACCCGGACACCGGUGAAAAAAUGGUCCGAGUGGGACGAAUGAGUGCCCAAGUUCCUAUGAAUAUGAUCAUCACAGGCUGCAUGAUGACAUUUUACAAAUCCACACCAGCCGUAAUUUUUUGGCAAUGGUGCAAUCAGUCGUUCAACGCGGUUGUUAAUUAUACGAAUCGUAGCGGAGCUAGUCCCAUACCAGUUGAGACACUGGUCCAGAGUUACGUCGGUGCUGUGGGUGGUGCAGUAGCCACGGCGCUAAGUUUGAAUCGCUUAGCGAGUCGGGCACCACCUUUGGCCGGCCGUCUUGUACCUUUGGCUGCUGUGGCAGCCGCUAAUUGCGUUAAUAUUCCACUCAUGAGAAUUACGGAGCUUCGUAACGGGAUCGAUCUUCACGACGAGGAAGGAAAUAAGCUUGGAAACAGCAGAAAAGCUGCACGCGAGGCAAUCGCGUCAGUUACUCUCUCACGAGUCCUCAUGUCUUCUCCGAGCAUGGUUCUGGCUCCGGUGCUGAUGAAUUUUCUGGAGAAGCGAAACACAUUGGCUCGGGCUAAAUGGGCAGCGGCUCCGAUACAGCUGGCGGUAUGUGGCGUUUGUCUGACAUUUGCGACGCCAUUAUGUUGCGCGUUGUUUGCGCAAAGAGUACCGAUAUCGGUCGACCGCUUGGAGCCGGAAGUGCGUGAGGAAAUAUUGUCGAAAAACUCGAAUAUUCAGACGGUUAUUUACAACAAGGGUUUGUAAGGAACCAGGCUUUAUGUGUCGUAGCCACGAAUGUGGCAAUUUGGUCCGAAACUCGUUAAGAGAGCAUGGGACACGCGUCGAUAACGAGAACUAUUUUGCUUCGCAAGAAAAAUAACGCGAAUCUGGGACAUCGAUGAAACCUCAGGGACGCCGAUAUUGAGAGGCGAAAGAACGAAAUACGUAAAGUAGGAUUGAAUGAUUCGAACUAAUCGCAAGUGUUCUUACUCGAGUUUGUUCGAUUCGAUCAACUUUCAAUACGAGUCUCAAUGUAGAAAUAUCGCAAAACUUCCAGCCUCGAUGGCCUCAUAAUUUUAAAAAAGCGUUUGCGUCACAAAUGUAUAAUUACACAUAAAUUAUUUCGUCCUGCCUCGAGCAUUUUCAAUUCGAAUUUGACGAAAUUUCAGUUAAUUCUAUAAUAUUGGUGUUUAUCAUGCAUACGAACGAGAGAUGAUCGAAGAGAGUGCGAUUGAAUCGCAUUCUAUCUCACUUAAUCGAUGAACAAAUGACAAUAAAUGAAAAUGUUAUAAAACCAAA